AUGCCUCUUGAGGAGAUGGAGCCUGCGACCUACUCCGGGUCUGCCAAUCAAGGAACAGAGACAUCUUCGGAUCUGGUGCACGACUUGAACAGUUUGGCUCUGAGUAUUGAAGACGAUGCUCCCGAGUGUGCCAAGCAGUUUCUUGAGUCCGAGUUCCUUGAGGUCUCCUGUAUCCGCGAGCUCAUCGGCAGACUCAGCACCGGUGAGAUUCUCCCACAAGAUUCGAUGGAUUUCCAAAACACCUACCAAUAA